AUAAAUGUCAGAGAAGCGCCGCAAACACAAAAGAGGAGUCCAAAGACAAAGACAACAAUACCAAAAGCCCAUCUACAACAGCACCUGCUGUUGAGCCAGAGAAAAGAUUGCGCAAUUUGCAAAAGAAGCUGAGGCAAUCACUAGAAUUAGAGGCGAAAGUCACAGCGGGAGAUCUAGAACCACAUAGUGAACAACUAGAGAAAAUCAAGAACAUACCCAUGCUUCGGGCCGAAAUUUCAGAUUUAGAAAGCUCCGUGAAGAAGUAG